AUGGCCCCUCUCCUCCGGAUCCUUCGCCAGCCUGUGCGCACUCUCCCGCGCCAUUGGGCACGCUACAUAUCCUCUCAACCGGAGCCCGAAUUCCAGCCCAUUCGCCGGUCUGGGACCAAGAUUGCUACCCUUCUCGGUGUUUUUGCUGCCUCUGGCGCCGGCGUGCUGUUUGCCUACCCGCGCCUGUUUCCCAAAGAAACUUCAGACUCUAUACCUCCAAAGGGUCCCCAACGGGCAGAGAUCAUCUUCGAGAAGCCUCAUAAGAAGUUACAUACGAAAGAGGAAACACGCGAGGAUAUCAGUCCCCAACAUGUCCAGGUCAAACACAGUUGGGAACAUCCCGGUGUCUACGCGUGGGGUUCAAACGCGGGUAAAGUGGUUGCUCCCGAGUCGAAGGAGACAGUGGUCAAGUCUCCAAGGAGGAUCAAGUACUUCGAUGGACAGAUUUUGCGGGACCUAAAGCUGGACUCUCAGUUUGGCGUUGCGGUUAAUGAACAGGGCGAUCUGGUACAGUGGGGGGCUGGGUAUUGCAAAGAGGAGCCUGGACCGCGGGUGACGCUUAAGGGCAAGGACCUGAGGAAGGUUGCGAUCUCGAAGGACAGGAUCAUCGCACUUGGGGGAGAUGGAAAGGUAUACUCCAUCCCAGUGUCGAAAGCCGACCAGGAACUGGGUGAGAAGCCCAAAGAGAGCGGUAAAUCCUUGCUGGGCAGCAUCUGGAACAACACAUCCGAACACCCACUGAACUAUCGCCUCCUCAAGCCAUCCUCCCUUGGCCUCAACGAGAAAGUUGUUGACGUCCAAUCCGGCCUGGAGCACUGCCUUCUCCUGACUUCCAAAGGCCGCGUCUUUUCUGCCGCCGCCUCCUCCGAGGCCUUCCCCUCGCGUGGCCAGCUUGGUGUUCCUGGCUUGACUUGGGAGACUCGGCCACAAGGCGUGCCGUACGACACGCCGCAUGAGGUAAAGGGGCUUGAGGGGCUCAAGAUCACUGCGAUUGCUGCAGGCGAUUACCAUUCUCUUGCCUUGGACAGUACAGGGAGGGCAUUUGCCUUCGGGGACAACACCUUCGGCCAGCUGGGCGUUGAGCCAGAGGGCGGCGUCUACAGUGUCGACGCACCGGUAAUUGUCCCUCUCGCCCAGCGCUACGAGCACUCCAACCAAGUCCCCAAGAUCACGUCCAUCGCCGCCGGCGGAGGAAACAGCUUCUUCACGGUUGAUGCCAUUCCCAAGGAAAAGUCCUCGUCCAAGAAUCCCUCCUCUGUCACUACCGACCUCUGGUCUUGCGGCUCCGGCCUCCGUGGCACCCUCGGCACAGGCAAAUUCGCCCACAUGUCCCCAACCCUCACCAAGAUCAAGUCCCUUUCCAACCUAACCGAAUACGACGAGUCCCUCAACCGCUUGGUCCCCAUCCGCAUCGCCUCUGUCUCGGUCGGCUCUGACCACGCAGCCGCGGUCCUAGGCAACAAAACGCACCUCACUGCCUCUGCCUCAACCCCCGUCAGUGACACCAAUUUUGGUGCGGACGUGCUCUGGUGGGGUGGAAACGAGCAUUACCAGCUAGGAACGGGGAAGAGGAAUAACGUGGCUAUUCCGGUACACAUCGCGCCGUUGGAUGGAGAGCGCUUUGAGAAGGGGGUUCCCGCGCAGGGCGGCGGGGAUGUCAAGGCUGGCGAGCUGAGGCAGAGGUUGCAGAUUACGCCGAGGACGAAGGUGAAGAUUGGGGAGAAGGGGAGGGAGGUGAGUGUCGAGCAGAAGGUUAUAUGUGGGAGGGGGGUUUCAGGGGUUUAUUCUGCGGCGUGA